UCAAGACAGUUUUUGUAUAUAUAUUUUGUACAUUAUUAAUUGAAUUAAUUUUUGUAAAUAUGACCACGUUAUUCGAUCAGAUCCAGCACCUCUAUGAUCAAGCAUUAUAUUCUAACGUGAUAUCUUUGGCAAAUUUAGUUUUAUCUCUCAGCGAUCACAACAAUGAUCUUUUACCAGCGUGCACAAAGUUUCUCGUUUACGUUUAUUGUGCGGACUCAUAUUUUUAUCUUGGCAAAUAUAGGAGAGCAGAAUCUUUGUAUAAAAAAUCGUUACAGUUUCGAAAAUGUUUAAUAAAAACAAAAAGUACUACAAAGCCAAAUCAAGAUGGACAUAAGGAACUUGCAUCAGAUGUAGAUGUCAAAUAUCAAAUUUAUGCAUGUUUAAUUAAAUUAAAGAAUCAUCAAGAAGCUCUACAAGUAUUGCAAAGCAUUCCUGGUAAACAACGAACUCCAAAGAUAAACAUGGCUUUAGCAAAAAUGUUUCAAGAGCAUGAUAUGGAACGUUCUGCCAUUGCAACGUACAAAGAAGUUUUAAGAGAAUGUCCUUUAGCACUUGAAGCAGCAGAAGGACUAUUAGCUUUAGGAGUGAAAGGAAUUGAAGUGAAUUCAAUAAUAAUGAGCUGUAAUUUAAAUUUACAAAAUUUUGACUGGCUGAACGCUUGGAUAAAGGCGCAUGCUCAUAUUAAUAAUAGGGAAUAUAAUCAUGCAGUGACAACUUUACGUUCUUUAGAUAAUGUUAAUUGCUUAAGAGAUAAUUAUAAUUUACUUGUAACUAUGGGUGAAUGUUAUUAUUAUUCUGGAGAUUAUAAAAAUGCAUUAAUAUGCUUAAGGCGUGCAAGAAUUAUUGAACCUGAUUCAACUAGAGGCUUAGAUAUAUAUGCCGCUGUACUGCAACGAACUCAUCAUGUGGCAGAAUUAGAAAAACUAAUAUCUUUUAUAUCUGCAAUGAGUGAAUGUUCGACAGAAACUUAUACUGCAAUGGCUUAUGCUUUAUUUGCUUUGCAUAAAUUGAAUCGAGCUAAUACCAUAGCUAAUCAAGCCAUACACAUGUCAUCCAACAAUGUAGAAGCAAUAAUUCUUAGGGGUAAUGUUCUUAUAGAGCAGAAAAAAUUUCAAGAGGCAUUACAUCAUUUUCGGCAAGCAUUACAAUUGAAACCUCAUCGGUACGAAGCUCACAAGGGACUGGCCGAUUGUUUUGUUGGAAUGCAUCGGUUAAGAGAAGCCUCUAAUAUUGCCAGCAGUGCUUACAAACAACUCGGCCCCACACCCAGAGUCCUCACAUUGUACGCCUCAAUUUUAAUGAAAGAUCCGGUAACAGUUGGGAAAGCAAAAAAUCUUCUUGAAAAGGCAUUAAGUCAAGAAGAGACAUAUUUACCUGCUGUUUAUUAUUUAGCAGAAAUUUAUGAGCAAGAAAUGAAUUUGGAAGCUGCUAUUGAUCUUUUAGAAAAGCAAGCUGAUGCACAACCGACUUGUAAAUUACAUCAAAUGCUUGGUGAUUUGUGGGCAAGGAUACACAAUGCAGAAAAGGCUCUCGAUCAUUAUGCCAUAGCUUUAAAUAUUAAUCCAAGCGAUAGAAGAGUAUUAGAAGGUAUGCAUAGAUUAGAAAGUACAUCAAACACAAUGGAUUCUUCUUCUUAUUAUAUGGCUGUUGGAGAAGAACACACGGAUCCAACUUAUGAAGUUGGAGAAGGAUUACCAGAUACAGAUAAUGAUGAAGCAGCUGAUGAAAGUGAAACUGAGGCAGUCUGGUCAGAUAUGGAUUUAGAAGCAAACAGUCAAUAAUCAAAGAAUAUGGAGAAUAUUUCUAUUUUAUGACCUUAUAUCUUUAUCUAUUUAUUUAUUUUGUAAAUACACAGGACAAACCUUUUUUGUUACAGUUGCUUAAUACAAAAAUGAUGAAAAAAAUUAUAAUACACUAUUGUUACGUAAUAGUUGAAUUUACUGAUGCUAUAACUGAUCUCUCGAGAUAAAUCAGAUAUUACUUUUAUAGGAAUUGAAGCAAUUCCUUACAAAUGUAUAUUUAUAUAUUUUAUUUAUUUAUUAUAUAUAAAUGAAAGCUUCACUCGAUCAACGAGUGGUCUUGAUUUUGUAGUAUAUGUAAUCAUAUGAACGGGACGAUACAAUCUGUGGUUAAAAUUUUAGAUUGUUGUAAAAAUUAUCUAAUUAUCGUUUUCUGUAAUUAUUAUGUUAGAGUAUUUCAUUCCAUUAUUUGUUUUCAGCUGCAAUAAUGAGAGACCAACUGGAAGUAUGUAAUCCUUUCAAAUUCAUUAUUGUUGUCCGCAAAUACAGUCUAAUCUUCAGGAAAAUCAUAAGAAUUUGAAACGUGAUUUAAAUUUGGAAGAAAUUUCUGACUAAUUUUAUUAAAAUUAUUAAAAGACUAAUUAGAUGA